AUGGCAACUACCUUUGCCUCCUCCCCGUCCAGCUCCGUCCACCAAUCCCCGCGUCAGCAAUUCCUCGACCCGAACUCUCCACCCCAGCAACAUCGGAGGCUUAUCUCGCGGCAGCGGUUCAUUACCGACUUCUCCCAAUGCCUCUUCGAGUUCGUCGUGCAGCUCCUCCCCACUACGGAGGAGAUGGCUGUUAAGGAGGACGUCCGCAAGCUCCUAGAACGCCUCAUCCGCACCAUCGAACCCGAUAGUAGACUGCUCUCCUUCGGCAGCUCCGCCAAUGGGUUUAGCCUCAAGAACUCCGACAUGGACUUGUGUUGUCUCAUUGACUCCGGGGAGCGUCUCAACGCGGCCGAUCUUGUCACCAUGGUCGGGGAUCUCUUGGAACGAGAAACGAAGUUCCAUGUCAAGCCGCUCCCCCACGCUCGAAUACCGAUUGUGAAGCUCACUCUCGACCCAUCCCCUGCGCUGCCUUUCGGCAUUGCUUGUGAUAUUGGGUUCGAGAAUAGACUUGCGCUGGAGAACACACGUUUAUUGAUGUGUUAUGCGUCUAUUGAUCCCGCUCGAGUCCGCACUAUGGUCCUAUUCCUCAAAGUCUGGAGCAAACGGCGCAAAAUCAAUUCGCCGUACAAGGGCACCCUAUCAUCGUAUGGCUAUGUCCUCCUUGUAAUCUACUUCCUUGUACAUGUCAAGAACCCGCCAGUACUCCCUAACUUACAGCAAAUGCCGCCUCUGCGGCCUAUCUCCGAGGAAGAGUCUCAUCUAAAUGGAUUUAACAUAUGGUUCUUCGAUGACAUAGAGCUACUGCGUCAGCGGUGGAAGUCAUCGAAUACUGAUACAGUCGCCGAACUGUUGAUCGAAUUCUUCAAGUUCUACUCCCGCGACUUUGCCUACAACACUGGAGUGGCCUCAAUUAGAGCCGGACUCCUCAAGAAAGACACGAAGGGCUGGUUGAGCGAGAUGCUCCUCAAGGACUAUGGAACCGGACGAGAACGAAACCGUCUAUGCAUAGAGGAUCCAUUUGAGACGGACUUCAAUGUCGCACGAUGCGUCACCAAGGACGGGCUCUACACCAUCCGAGGAGAGUUCAUGCGAGCGUCGCGGAUCCUGCAAGCCCGACCUGACCGCGCGAUCCUCGCCCUCGCACAGCUCUGUGAGGAACGCAAAGACGAGACCCUUGGGCCCCCGCCCACAAGACAACGUUCCUCUAAUGGUCCACCACGUCUCACCUCAAUACCCCCGCAGACGCCCUAUACUGUCGGCAGCAGCCCUAUGCGCCCGGCUGCUCUCGCGGUCCCUGCUCCUGAAGAGCUUGCAUCUCCGAAGACGCUCUCUCACAGCCCGUCUUCCCCCGCUUCACCCUCACCAUUGUCUCCGCGCGACUCUCCCGACCGCUCCAUCGGGGCGAGUCUGCCCCUGCGCUUGCCUGUCGAUAAGCUUGACCACAUGGCGCCCAUUCGUGGGAAGUGGACCAGCCCGCCACCGGCUGAGGCCACUGAUGAGGACCGUUCGGCCUUCGAGGACCGCCUCGGUCAAAGCCUGGCACUUGCGACAGCAUCCAAUGCCAGCCGGCUCCACGAGCAUGCCUAUGCGUCGUCGAACAACAGCGAGACACAUACAGACGACGAGCGCCAGUCCAUCGCGGAGUCGGAUGAUGUGCGUUCUGUCCAGUCGUACGUCGAAGAAGGUGCUGUCUACCGCAAUCGGGAGCUGCGUGAACGACAGCUGGCGGCAUUGCAGCAGCAGCAGCGUGCGAUCCAGCAGCAGUACGGGAGCGACCCUUCAGCAUCAAGCACACAUUCUGCUAUGCCGGUCAACUCCCGCAUGGAGGGUGGCAUCGACGUGAAGAUGAUCUCCAGACUGCGGGGGCGACCAGCGUCACGGAUUGCAUCGCAGGCAAGCACGAGCCAGGCAAGUGCAGGAGGUCGUACGACACCUGGAGACCGGAAUGAAGGGUUCAUGCCCCCACCAAGAAUGGAUACGCAUACUCCGCGGCGCUCAAUGUCCUUCCCGGUGCGGAACGUCAACCGAUUCUCCCUUCCUGCCAUGCCCGUGGUCGUCCCGAACCAUUUGGCGGCGGCUGCUUACCAGACACACAUAUCGCCCCCGGUGCAAUAUACGCCGCCGCGGUACGUCCUGCAGGCCGCAGAACACCAGGCGAACGCCAACGUCUACUAUGAGGCCAUCCCUGCGCGAGGGAUUUACCGCGCCAUGACGUCUUGUGCAAGUCCGCAGUUGCCAUAUGUGUCGCCUCAACCGUUGUACGAUCGCGUGAAGUCGUACGGCGGUCGCAGCUCCCGUGCCAGUAGGAGUAGAAGUCGAAGCAGAAGCAGGAGUCGCUCACCCUCAGCGCUGCCCAACGACAUUCCGAUUACCAUACGCCGUGCCUCCGUGACCGAGGCCACGAAGGACCAGCCUGUCGCCGGACCCUCGCGGUUCCCUAUCUCACCGCCGACGCCAUCAUCACCCUUGCAGCGGGGAGAACGCAUAUACUCGCAUCAUCACUCGCUCUCGAACGCGACAGUCACCGCGCCCACACCACCAGCGAACGUGCACCACUUCCCCGCGCCCAUAUCCGGCACGACGCUCGGUCCGCGACAUUCCCAGUCUCAGUCACAUUCGCGCUCCCGGUCGCCGCCCUUCCCCCCUUCGCCGCGGACCACGCCGCACUCGUACGCGUACGCGCAGCAGCAUGCGUCCCCGCCGAUGUCGUGCGCGAGCUCGCAGUAUGCACCGUCGUCGUCUCCGCUGUCGACGUCGCCGCCGAGUCCGGCACAGAGCGAGGCGAAGAGCAGCGCGGCGGUGAGUCCGUUGCGGGCGCUCGGGCCGCUGGUGGAGGCGGAGGUGCCCGUGCCCGUGGCGCCUUUGCUGGAUGCACCGAACAAGGAGGCGUCGAUGCCUGUGCCUGUUUCGGUGCACGGGCAGGGGGCAUCGCCGGAAGGGGCGCUGGAUGAUACACCGGUGGAGGCUGUGGCUGAGACGGAGCCCCAGGAACGGUCGGUGGAAGUGUCGGGCGCCGUCAAGGACGCCCCUCCGGUUGUCUCGAUGGCUUCGGAGGAGACAGAGAAGACCCCCGCGUCGGAGGAGGCUACUCCUGAACCUGCCGCCAUUCAACAAGAUGCUGCCGUCGUCGCCGAGCGGUAG